AUGUCCUCUCUGCUGCAUCUAAUUCCUGGGGCAAGACGGAGGAUGCGCAGCCUUCAAUUUCGCCUUUCCCAAUUCUGGGAUCGCCAGUCCGACGGAGACAACCUUCCAGUUCCUUGGGAUUUCGAAAUCCUGGACGAUCUUCAGUGGUGGACACUGGACCACAAUCUUUGGUUGGGACAGUCCCUUCAGUUAGCUUCCCCGGAUGUUUGUCUGUACACAGAUGCUUCCACCGUCGGCUGGGGAGCGUCGAUUCUACACGAUUCAGUGAGCGGUGUGUGGGCCACUCACGAGCUCUCUUUACACAUCAACCUUCUAGAACUCAAAGCUAUACGUCUCGGCCUUCUGCACUUCAAGGAUCAUGUCCGAGGACAGACGGUGGCAGUGUUCUCUGACAAUGCUACGGCCCUGUCGUAUCUGGCAAAAGAAGGCGGGACUCGUUCAGGAAGCCUCAAUGCCGAAGCUCAAGCCAUCCUACAGUGGGCGGAGGAUCAUGCCAUCCAGAUCCUCACCCAAUUCGUGAAGGGCUCGGCAAACGUCUUAGCGGAUUGCCUCAGCAGACAGGAUCAGAUCAUCUCUACAGAGUGGACUCUCCACCAGGAGGUUUGCAAUCUCCUAUGGAGGUUUUGGAAUUAUCCCACGGUGGACCUGUUUGCAACAAGGCUCAACUUCAGGCUACCAAACUUCAUAUCCCCCGUUUCGGGAUCCAAUGGCAGUAGCCACAGACGCCUUUCUGUACAAUUGGGAUCAUCAAAAUCUUUAUGCCUUCCCACCUUUCCCGUUGAUCAGGAAGGUGCUCAACAAGCUGAGAAUGGCACGUCAAACAAACGUUAUUCUGAUUGCUCCGUUUUGGCCACAGAGGGAAUGGUUCCCAGACCUCAUACAGGCCUCAGUAGACACUCCCAGGUGCCUACCGCAGCGCAGAGAUCUACUUCGUCAGCCUCAUGUUCGCAAAUUCCAUCAAGCUCUCCCCAUGCUACAGCUAACCGCGUGGAAACUGUCAAGCGAAUCCUUCGUCACAGAGGCUAUUCCUCCCGAGUUACGGAAUUCCUGGCAAAAUCUAAAAGACCUUCCACUAUUAUGAAUUACCAAUACAAGUGGAAAAGGUUUCGAGAGUGGUGCAAGAGAGAAGGUCACACAGUCUCUAAUCCCACCAGCCAGAAGAUUGCAGAUUUUUUGGUCUUUCUUAGACAGGAUUGCAGAAUGUCAGUCACUGCCAUUAAAGGCUACAAGGCCAUGCUCAAUGGAGUAUUUGCCCUUAAAGGCUUUGAUCUUUCUACCGACCCAGUUCUCCGCGAGGUCAUAAAGACUUGUUCAAGGCAAGUCCAACGCCCACCUUGUAGGGCUCCUUCAUGGAAUGUAGACGUGGUCCUUAAGGCUCUGACAUGUCCUCCAUUUGAGCCACUUCACCAAGCCUCAUUACGGGAUCUGACUAAGAAGACCCUCUUUUUGGUGGCCCUGGCUACGGCUAAGAGGGUUGGAGAGCUUCAUGCCCUUUCUCAGGUCAUAGCCUCAAGAGGAGAGGAUCUUAUCCUGUCAUAUCUUCCUGAAUUCAUAGCUAAGACAGAAACCCCUCUUAAUCCCGUUCCUAGAGAGUUCCCUCUUCGAAGUCUCUCUUCAGUGGUGGGAAGAGAGGAUGAGGAACGUCUCCUAUGUCCAGUGCGAGCUGUACGACGUUACCUUGCUGCAACAGCUUCCGCUUCUCGGCCUCGAAGUCUCUUUGUGUCUUUGAGAGACCCUGCAAGGCGAAUGUCUAAGGCUGCUAUUUCUUUCUUCCUACGGGAUACAAUCAAGACGGCUCAUGAGUCUUUUCCCGAGGAACUCGGCCCCUUGUUCAAGGUACGGGCACACGAUAUAAGAGGAAUUGCCACUUCCAUGCUUCUCUGGAAGAACAGUUCUGUGGCAUCUAUCUUAGAAGCAGCCUGUUGGAAAACCCACUCAGUCUUUGUGGACUACUAUCUCCGUGACAUCCAACGGCAGGAAGGAGAUGUCUCUGCCCUUGGCCCGGUAAUUGCUGCUGGGAAUUUGGUGGGACCACUUCCUCACUAA